AUGGACACCAGCGCGAUUGAGAUAGGCUGUGCCGUGAUGUCUUUGGCAGAGGAAGAGACGGGUGGUCUGGAUGUCCCUGAUAUCCAUGCAUCUCCAGCAACGAGCUCUCAUCAUGACCUGGAUGGACGAUAUCUAACUGAUCGAGCGAUUAAGUUCGAUCACAUGCAGCAGGUGUUGGCCUCUGUUUGGCGUCCGGUGAUAGGAAUGCGUGUCCUUCCGAUCGCCGACAACCUGUUUUUGUUUCAGUUUCCGCAUUUGAAGGAUCUGCAACGUGUGAUUGGGGAUGGCCCUUGGUCAUUCAAAAACCACAUGCUUGUGUGUGGUAAGGUCCUGAUCGGCGUUAGGCCAGAGGAUGUGGUUCUCAACGAUGUCUCGUUCGGGGUGCAGAUUCACGAUCUCCCCAAAAUCUACGCUUCCUUAGCUUUCAUCACAUGCAUCGGCGAUUAUGUAGGCACCUUUCUGGCAGUCGAUCUAAAUAACUUUGGUGGAUCUUGGAGAAGUUUUUUCAGAAUCAUAGUGCGGCUGGAUGUGAACGCUCCCCUGAAGAGACGAAUGAAGCUUUGCCGAAAGGAUGACACGGUGCAGUGGGUAAGCUUUAAAUAUGAGAGACUAGGCACUUUCUGUUUCUAUUGUGGGGUGCUAGGGCAUUCUGAUAAGUUCUGCAAGAAGGUAUAUGAAGAGGGUGCGGAACCAGAUGCAUUCCCUUAUGGGGCUUGGAUGCGAGCGGGGGCUCGAACGUUAGGUUCGUCCAGUCGGGGCAAAAUUGCUUUUGGCCGAACUCCCACAUGCUACGUUGGUGACAUAUGCUUCUAG